UUCACCAACAUAUCUGGUGAAUUUCUUAUUACAGAGUAUACAAAUUUAGUUUUUUUUUUCUUUUCUGCAAUGUUAGUAGGAUCAUCUAGAGUUCCCUGGAGUUUUACCUUGCACAUUUAUUGACAAGUUUUCUACUUCAGCUAAACUUAUCAAGAGAUUGUAGUACUUAUUUUUACCAUGUAAGAUGAUUCAGCACGAAUGCCCAAUUUGAUAUAGUUUGUUAACAUGGAAGAAGAAAUGUUAAGGUUAGAGCUGGAGAGCAUGAAGAAGAAGCUUGAUUCUUGGGGUAGAGAACUGAAUAAACUUGAAGCCUUAACUAAGCGAGAAACGAAAAAGUUUGAAGAGGAUAAUAAACAGCAGGUACAUGACAAGUUAGAGCUCAAGAAAGAGACAUUAUUCCUUGUUGUCAAGUUAGACAGAUUUUCUAGAGAAACAACUUGUUGCCAAAAACAAAUUGCAGCUUGUUGGUCUUGUCACCUUUCAAAUAACCAGCAAAUACGAGGAAAUUUUGCAUCCUCUUGUGCAUGAAUUGUGAUUAUUUUAUCUGAAAUCUGCACAAUAAAAGACAUUCUUGAAUUGGUAAAAUACUCGUGGCAAUUAUCUCAA